AUGGCAUAUUCACUUCGACUUAAGGAGCAUAACACUGACUUCCCAGUCAUUGCCUUGAUGGCUUGUGACUUUUUAGCCAUACCAGCCACAUCCGUGUCUGUUGAACGUCUAUUUUCGGGUUCACGCCACGUUUGUCGUGACUCUCGUUCCUCGUUUAAAGCGUCGACUAUUACUAAGGUCAUGUGUACGAAGAAAUGGCUUGAGGAUGCUGACCUAUUCUUCGAAGCUGUUUCGAAGACUAGAUAG